CCACCAUCCUACACGGAUGAUCCACUCGUUUCUGCAGGAAGACCGGGUUCCUGAGACCGUUACAUACUCCCUACUUCCGGUCUAUUGCUCGUGCUCGCUUCGUUGUUUAGUUCAGUUCAUCCCACCGACUGAUAUUUCAGAGCGAGUUUUCAUAGAUCCGAGUGUGUCUGAAAGACGAGCUCUUCGUAUUCGCUCCGAAUCAAAUGUACGACGUUUUCACCUAGACUCGCGCAACUGUUGGAUUUAACGUUUCGCGUUUAAAUGAAACUUGUAAGAUUUAUGAACAAUCGUGCACCAUCAAAUAAGAGAUAUCAGCCAACAGAAUAUGAGCACGCUGCUAACUGUGCCACACAUGCGCUCUGGAUCAUUCCCAGCAUUGUGGGUGGGAUCUUGCUGUACCUCUUAUCUGAUGACCACUGGGAGGAGAUUUCAGCAUGGCUGUAUGGAGCGGGACUAUCAAGCCUUUUCAUCAUAUCCACAGUUUUCCAUACUGUCUCCUGGAAAAAGUCUCAUCUCCGAUCAGUUGAGCACUGUUUCCACAAGUGCGACAGGAUGGUGAUCUAUUUCUUCAUUGCAGCAUCCUACACACCAUGGCUGACACUGAGGGAUCUGGGUCCAUGGGCUGCCCACAUGCGCUGGGUGGUCUGGGUGAUGGCCUCUGGAGGAACUGCCUACGUGUUCUUCUUUCAUGAAAAGUUUAAAGUUGUAGAGCUGAUCUGUUACAUAGCAAUGGGUGUUUUCCCCGCUCUUGUCAUCCUCUCUAUGGCAGACAGGUCAGGUCUGUGUGAGCUGUUGGUUGGUGGUGGGUGUUAUGUGUUGGGCAUGGCGUUCUUUAAAAGUGAUGGAAUAGUGCCCUUUGCUCACGCUAUAUGGCACCUCUUUGUUGCAAUGGGAGCAGGCAUCCAUUAUUAUGCCAUCUGGAAGUACCUGUACACACCUGUCAAUCAACCAACCAGUACGGCCCGGUGACACACAUAUGCAUACACCUAACCACAAAAUCAUUUGAAUAUAUAUUUGCCAGUGAAGUGCUAAAGUUCUACUAAAGCAUAAAGAGCACUGUUUAUUUUUUCUGUUGUGUUUUUGCUAGCGGAUGGUUUGACUGAUGUAAUUCUUGUCACUUAUUAAUAGGUCUUUAACUAGCACAUACAACAGAGAUUACAUCUAGCCUUUGUGAGACUACAGUCAUUUUGGACCUGAGACCGUGUGCAAUCCUGAGACUGAUAAAGGAUCCAGAACAAGAACGUUUCUAGAAAAACUAUGGACGUAUUACACGAAGGUUUACAAUUUUUUUAAAGGUACUGCAAUGGUAAAAUCACUGCCAGAUAUUUUUAAAAACACUCAACCUGAGUUGCGUUUCCCAAAAGCAUCACUAGCUAUCUAUGAUCACAAGUUGCAUUGGAUUUUAUUGGAAACAACGGAACUUGCAACCAUAAUUGCUUUUGGGAAACGCACCCUCGGUUAGUAAUUACUUGACUACAGUUUAAAGGUAUUUCUGCAAUUUCUGCUUUUUAAACCGAUUUGGGAUUAUUCUACUAAUUCUGCCACUGCCAGUGUGGAGAUGUUCUUAUUUAUGUCAGAAAUAUGAGUACAUUUCGUAUUACUGUACACAGUAUCAAUUCUCCAUGCUUCUAGUCUAGUGCUAGUAUGUUGCAUUUUGGGGGGUGUAAUGUCUUUGGAAAAUGCCACAAGUGCUUGAUGACAAUGUCCAGGAAAAGAUUUGCCUGGACAGGUCAUCUGAUUUCAUGGUUUAAUGGAAUUUAUUAUGAUUGUUUUUUUAUUUUAUUUUUUCUGGUAACUUUAAAGUGUGCUUCAUGGUAAAGUCUAUUAAUUGGUUUUAAUCAAGUCAGAAUAUUGUUUAAUAAUAAUAUUAAAUGAUUGAAUCAACUUGUCUACGUUAUAGGCGUACACCAACAAAAAUACUUUUGAGGGUUAGGUCACAGAGAAAUAGCUCUCUUUUUACAGCUUUAACAGUAUAUUCAGAGUUGCAUGGGGCCAAUUUAAAGGCUUUUGCCAAUUUUACUGCAUUCCAUUUCAGUGACAAUCUAAAAGUGUUUUAUCUUAGAUGUUAUUUAUUAAUUUCAAAUUACAGCUGCUGUUGAUGUUGUAUUAAUGAUCAUUUUAUAUGAGCGCUUAAUAGGGUAUAAAACAUAAACACUUAGAAAAAAGUGUCAUUUAAAGUUUUCAUAAACAGGAGUAAAAACUACAUUUU